AAGAUGAGGGGACCAAAGAUGGCGGAGCUGAAAUUUGAAGCUCCUCUUGCAAAAUUUGAUACAGAUGAGUGGUUAGAUUUCGAAGAUCACCAAGGUUCAGAAGAAGUAAAUAACCUUAACCGAAGACAGGUUAGGUCCGUUCAAGGGUCUACCGAUAACCUAUUGUCAGAUAAUUUUAGUGAAACGGUGUCUGAUUCAUUGGAAGAUCUUGUCAGCUCUUUCGAUGAGAAAAUUACAAAAUGUUUCAAGAAUUACGCAGAGAAAACUGACAAAAUAGCUCCAGUGCAAAUCAGAACACAGGAAGAAAUCAUGAACGAUUGCCAAAUGUGGUGGACUAUUACUGGCAACUUCGGUAACAUACUUCCCAUAGACUGGUCCAAGUCAUAUGCCAGACAGUUGCACAUGCCUUCACUAAAUCUAUUUGGAAGAAAGGACUCUGACCAUGACAACUUGGACAUGUCUGAUGAUGAGGAAUUGGCUCAGGCGUUUGACAUGCAUUCUUUGAUUGUGUCAUCUACGAACCAGGAGCCAGUUGUGUCAGCUGAUGACGUUAUUGAUGAAAUAGAUGAAAUCAUGCAGUUCUUUGUCCCAAGUCAGGAUUGUGAUUGA